UAGGGAAAGGUAGCACUUCGAAAUCUAAUUUCAAAACAUUCCUUUUUUCCCCACUAUCGUUAACGUUCAUACGGAUUUUAUUGUAAGCUCCAUGUCGGCAGAAGGUAAUUGUGAGGCCAGUACGGCAGAAGUAGCCAGCUUUUGGUCUAACCCAGUGGAUCACUUUCGGCCGAAUCUAAAGGCUUUCACCUUAUAUGCAGACCGCAACGAAGUCAUGGAUAAAUGGCAUCACUUUCUCGAGCGCCGGCUAGGUGCCUGGUACGUUCCGUGGUGGAGCCCACUCUAUCAGCUUCUGCUUUGGUACCCACAGAGAAAUCGCAACCUGUUUCUUAUAGAAAAUAACCUGAACUAUAGGCCAUACCGUUUCCGCCGCAAUGACGAAGACCGCAACAACCCGUACUGAACGAAAAUAGACGCUGUAGUGAUGGUUUUAACCUUUGAUUUUUUCUUGCUUGCCUUCUCUGUGUGUGUGUGCGCGUAUGUGAUCCUGGGGUUCUGCAUUUUGGAGUAAGCUUGCAUGAAUUAGAGUGCGGUGGGUUGCAAAACUCGUUGGCACAUUUUAAAUAUAGCUUACUUCACUUCUAAAUAAUGAUGAAAAAUGAGGCUAGCCCAUUGUAGCAUAGUAGUUUUAUCUAGCAUUGAAAGUGUCUAUUAGGAGGAAGAUGGAGAAA